AUGGACCUAUCUAACUUAUCAAACACUUUGCCUCUUGAUAAUACCAGAGCAGGGAACACAACCGCUGUGCAUAGUUCUACUACUACCACUCCCAUCCCAAAUAUAAAUCAAGAUUUAACCAAUCAUUUCAAGGAUGCUGCCAAAUCAGUUGCUUCAUUAUACAAUAUUUCGUUAAACAACACAGUUGAUAACAGUGUUAGUAAUAGGAAUAUCAAAACGGAAUUUGCUAAUGCUGCCAAGGCGGUCGCGUCAUUAUAUAAACUCGGACAAUCAUCACAACUGACCUCAUACACAAAAGGGUAUCUACAAUGUCUUGAAGAUUUAUUGGCAGUUUUGACAAAUAAUGAGGAUAUUGAAGAUUGGGUUUUGACGAGAAGAAUCGAAUUAAUGAAUCAUGCGGGUAAUCCAAGUAGUAAACCACCGUCAAGUGGUGAUUCAAGUCAACAUUCAGAACCAGAUCCCUUUACUAUUCCACAUGACUACGAGUUUACUUUCAAUCUGGAUAUAAAACCACCUGUACAUUUCAGACCAGGCAUACCGCCUAUAUCGGUGCAGCAUAACCUGAAGCAAAGAGCCUCAAUUGGAAAUCAUCAUUCCAGACAUAAUAAGAAAAUACUUAGUUCUGAAGACUCAAUAAUGAUUGACGAUAGUGACAACGAGGAGAAAGAAGUUAAGCUGCAAUUAUUCCCAAAAUAUCUCAAGGAAAGCCCUUUGAAGAAGAAAAAAAAGAUAUAA